AGUUGGUGCACGCACCGACUCGCAUCUGAUUCCUAUCUCCAUCGUCACCACUAUCCUCUGUUCCUCAAUCACACCGCCAUCCAAGAAUCCCCAAAUUUCGCCGGCGCAAAGUAGAGUCCGAUUGCAAGCUCGAUUGACCGGUAACUGAUAUGGCAUCACGCGACAGAGCUCCGGCGGAGGUCAAUCGUAUAGCGGGAGCGACUAUGCACCAACCGGCUUCGCCUCGCUUCAAUUCCGGUACUCCGACGGCCGGCGCGCAGCGUAAAAUCGCGAUCGCCGUUGAUCUCAGCGACGAGAGCGCUUUCGCAGUUCAAUGGGCGGUUCAGAACUAUCUCCGUCCUGGGGACGCCGUGAUCCUCCUCCACGUCCGGCCGACUUCCGUCUUGUACGGCGCCGAUUGGGGCGCGGUCGACAUUCCGGUCGACGCGACCGACGAGAAAUCGCAGCAGAAGCUCGAGGACGAUUUCGACAAUUUCACGACGACUAAAGCGAACGACCUGGCGCAGCCGUUGGUGGAGGCGAAUAUUCCGUUCAAGAUCCAUAUUGUGAAGGAUCACGACUUGAAGGAGCGAUUGUGCUUGGAGGUGGAGAGGCUUGGUUUGAGUGCUGUGAUUAUGGGAAGCAGAGGAUUCGGAGCUUCGAGGAGGAGCAGUAAUGGCAGGCUUGGUAGUGUCAGUGAUUAUUGCGUGCGCCAUUGCGUUUGCCCCGUCGUUGUGGUAAGGUGUCCCGACGACAAAGAUUCUGCGUUGCCCGAUGCUUCAGGGAGUUCAGCGGAUAAGGAUUGCUUGGAGCUGCAUCCAGUGCCUGAGGAAGAAGAACAUGUGUAUCUCGAUGCUUCUGAUAAUAUUGCAGAUAUAUCCAGGCUGAGUAUGCUGGAAAGGUGAACUCGCAAAAGCGUGGUGAAUCGAUGAUUUCCAUAGGCUGUUCUCGUGUAGCGAUCACUACCGACUUGGAUUAUUGUCAUGUAAGGAAUGGUAUGCUCUUUCUAUUUCUUAUGCUGUGUCUGUGUGUGUGUGAAGUGCCUAUGACUGACUUUUGUCUAUAAGUGUCGUCGUUUCGGUUAAUUCUAUUGCUUUUACUCUUCGUAUUGUUGUACAGUCUUGCUCAUACUGCCUUUAUGAUCUCCAUGACUAUGGGUUCUCUCGAUUUUGUGUUAUUGGGUUUUCGUUGUUUGAUC